AUGACCCCCAAUUCCACAUCCAGCGACUCGGAAUCUGCUGCUGACCAACCCGGACCAAGCCCUGGCGGCGUCCUACCUGUUGAAGAAUCUGUUGAGCCCCAGGCCUCCGCUCUGGAACCACAACUCCACGAGGAGCACGAUGAAGCCCCCGCCACCCCUCAACGCCACCUGCCCCCCCAUGCCGAGCAUUUUGGGGAGGGAAAUUGGAUACAAUUGCCUGAAGAACUCAACGGCACCAUUAGGGCCCUCCUCGCAAACCUUCAAGGCCCCACCGAGAUUGAAUUAGACGAGGAGGGUGCCCCCAGACUUCCCGAUGCGCAAGACGAACCUGCUGUUGCGCAAAAUGCCCUAGCACUCAUCCGUCAUCUUGAAGCCAUGCCAGCAAUUGUCGCCGGUGAACCUCACCAGAUUGAUGCCAACCCCUGGCAACAAAUGUUGCAAACUCUCACUCCUGAACAACGACGAGUCGUCGAAAAUUUUGAGAAUAGGACUAUUACAGUCCGACGGGAGCUCGCUAACAACUCUGUCCAGAGCAACGAUCCCAUGGCAGUACUGCAAGGAUACUUCUUUCACCUCGAGGAACUUCGCCGAACUCUGGCCCGCUUACCCCAAGAAACUGCGAAUAUGAUUGAACAAUUUAAUUCCAAUGCAUUUCAGGAGAUUGGGCGGUUGAUGGUCAACAGUGAUCAUAUCGACGUAGCUGCGCUACACAUUGGUUACCUACUUGAUAGCCUGCCCUAA